AUGAUCAAUGAGGGCAAUGUCAUACCACCUGACUUCAUAUCACUCAACUGCAGAGCCUCAGGAUCAAUGUUACUGCUUACAUUAAGGAGAAAUCCCCUCCACUUUUGUUUUUGUUUGGAGACAGCAGUAAGAAUUUUUUUUAAAAUUGAGUCGACAUUAGAAAAAAUUGAAGAAUUAUCUCGGCUUGUAAUGGGUCGGAAAAAAUCUGAGUUUUCUUCAGAUAACCCUUCAAACCAGUCUAUAGAUGAAGAGCUGUCUACAACUGAGGAACUUGAUGAUAAUGCCAUGGAGACAACCAUAGUAAAGACAGAAGAUGUUGAUGUAAGAGUAUCAACUGAAGAAGUUGAUGAGGGUAAAAGUGAUGCACCAAUGGUGGUCCUUCCAAAAAAAAGAGGACGGAAGCCUAAACACUUUCACAAAAUUGCAAAGAAACACGUAGUGGAUCAGAUGGGUCAUGGUGAAAUUGUUGUCAAGAGAAAAAGGGGACGGCCAAGGAAAUAUGGCAUUCCUAAUGGUACCAACCAGGUUCCCAUGUCAACUAGAGAACCUAUCCCAAGAAUAUUAUUAAAUACCUUUCAGCAGGAUCUUCCUCGGAGACGACGUGGACGUCCUCGGAAAUACCCACUAGUAUUAACUACUUAUGACAAUACUGUUGCUAACACCAAUGCCAACAGCAAUAAUGAUGAUGAUGAUGAUAAUAAUGAAUCCCGCUUAGGAUCACAAGUUGAUAGACUGGCUUCUCUUGUUGAUCGUUUGGAAAACAGAAUUAAUCUUGAUGGCUUAAUUGAUGAAGACACAGAUAUAGAAUCAGAACAAGAGGUUGAUAAACAGAUUUUUCUUCUCCAAAGAAAUUUUAAUGUGAAAUUGGAUGUAAAGCAGGAUUUUAAAGCAAUUGUUAAGUCUUACCUGGAAGAUCUUGGAGCAGUACAAGGAUGUUUAAUUGCAAGUGUACGAUCAUACAAAGACACUGGAAGAAUUAUUUUGUAUGAGAUUUGGGAAUCGGAAGUUGAACAGCUUGAGUUUACAAAGGGAUCUUCCAGUAAAAUAUUUGAAAAAGAAGCUUCUGAAAUGCUUAAGAGUAAUACUGUUGUGAAAAACAUGUCCAUCCCAGCUCGGUGGUGGCAGCAACGAACUAGUUAA